GAGCAGGGAGAGGGGUCCCGGGACUAGGAAGAAACGGCGGCCGGGAGGGGACUACAGGGACCAUGGGGCUUCUGACCAUUCUGAAGAAGAUGAAGCAGAAAGAGCGGGAGCUGCGACUGCUCAUGCUCGGCCUGGACAACGCUGGCAAAACCACCAUCCUCAAGAAGUUCAAUGGGGAAGACAUUGACACCAUCUCCCCAACGCUGGGCUUCAACAUCAAGACCCUGGAGCACCGAGGAUUCAAGCUGAACAUCUGGGAUGUGGGCGGCCAGAAGUCCCUGCGGUCCUACUGGCGGAACUACUUCGAGAGCACAGACGGCCUCAUCUGGGUGGUGGACAGUGCUGACCGUCAGCGCAUGCAGGACUGCCAACGGGAACUCCAGAGCCUGUUGGUGGAGGAGCGCCUGGCUGGAGCCACCCUCCUCAUCUUUGCCAACAAGCAAGACCUGCCCGGAGCACUGUCCUCUAACGCCAUCCGUGAGGCCCUGGAGCUGGACUCCAUCCAUAGCCACCACUGGUGCAUCCAGGGCUGUAGCGCCGUCACCGGGGAGAACCUCCUACUCGGCAUUGACUGGCUCCUGGAUGACAUUUCCAGCCGCAUCUUCACGGCCGACUGAAGCAUUCCGGAUGCCCCCCACCUCACAGUCCAGCCCCGCCCCCACCCCCAGCCCUCAUCAGGCACCAUCCAUGGGGGAAUGCGAGUCAGCCAGCCUGGCGAACACCCCCAACCCCGCGCCUAAAGCUGCUGCUCUGUGGCCCCCCGGCUCCCGUGGCUGGAGGGCUGCUGCCCUGGCUCCCGACGCAGCCCGCCCGCAGCCGCCGUCCGGAGAGGAGGGAGAGGAGGGGGCCGGGCCCGGGAGGGGGCUGCCUCUGCUGCUACCAAGGCUGUGGGCCUCAUCCUUUGCUCAGCCGUGAGAAUAAACCGUUCCUUGCCCCAGU